GUCACUCUCUGGUCACCGAAGAUCCAAGAUGGCGACUCACAUGUCGAGGUGUAGAGGCUGGAGUCGUGUUCAAAGGUUUGGGAUCGCAGCUUACAGAAAGUACAGCAGUGGAGGCGGAUACCCAAAUAUCUCCCUCUCGGCACCUCUGCCUGGGAUCCCUAAGCCAGUGUUUGCAUCUGUGGAUGGUCAGGAAAAAUAUGAGACCAGGAUCACUACUCUAGAAAAUGGCCUCAAAGUUGCCUCCCAAAACAAGUUUGGCCAAUUCUGCACAGUUGGAAUUUUAGUAAACUCUGGAUCCAGACAUGAAGCAAAGUACCCAAGUGGAAUAGCACACUUUAUAGAGAAACUCGCCUUUUCUUCCACAGCUCAGUACGGGAGUAAAGAUGAAAUUCUCCUCACGCUGGAAAAACACGGAGGGAUAUGUGACUGCCAAACAUCAAGAGAUACCACCAUGUAUGCAGUGUCUGCUGAGGUGAAGGGUCUGGACACGGUGGUCAAUCUUCUCUCUGAUGCUGUUCUGCAGCCUCGCCUGCUGGAUGACGAGAUCGAGAUGACCAGAAUGGCGGUACGCUUUGAGUUAGAAGAUCUAAACAUGAGGCCCGAUCCUGAACCUUUACUCACUGAGAUGAUUCAUGCCGCUGCAUAUCGAGGCAACACAGUCGGACUGCCUCGCUUCUGUCCUGCAGACAACGUGGACAAGAUUGACAAGAAAGUUCUUCACAGCUACCUGCGUAACUACUACUGUCCUGAGCGGAUGGUGCUGGCUGGAGUGGGAAUCGAGCACGAGCAGCUGGUCGAAUGUGCCAGGAAAUACCUGCUAGAUACAAAGCCGGUGUGGGGAACGAGCACAGUGGCCAACGUGGACCUCUCUGUAGCCCAGUACACUGGAGGCAUCGUCAAGAUGGAGAAGGAUAUGUCAGAUGUCAGCCUUGGCCCCACCCCGAUCCCAGAGCUCACCCACAUCAUGAUCGGCCUGGAGAGCUGCUCCUUCUUGGAGGAAGACUUCAUCCCAUUCGCAGUGCUCAACAUGAUGAUGGGCGGAGGGGGCUCCUUUUCUGCGGGAGGACCUGGGAAAGGCAUGUUCACUCGCCUGUACCUGAACGUGCUCAAUAGACAUCAUUGGAUGUACAAUGCCACCUCUUACCAUCACAGCUAUGAGGACAGCGGUCUGCUGUGUAUCCACGCCAGUGCAGACCCCAGACAGGUGCGGGAAAUGGUGGAGAUCAUAACCAGAGAGUUCAUUCAGAUGGCUGGCAGCGCAGGAGAGAUGGAGCUGGAGAGGGCAAAGACUCAGCUCAAGUCCAUGUUGAUGAUGAACCUCGAAUCCCGGCCGGUUAUUUUUGAAGAUGUUGGUCGUCAGGUUCUUUCCACAGGAAAGAGAAAGCUGCCGCAUGAGCUGUGUGAUCUAAUAAGCAACGUGACAGCCAGUGACAUCAAGAGAGUAACCACGAAGAUGCUGCGCAGUAAGCCGGCAGUAGCAGCUCUGGGAGACCUGACGGAGAUGCCCACGUACGAACACAUCCAGGCCGCCCUGUCCAGCAAAGACGGACGUCUGCCCCGCAUGUAUCGCCUCUUCCGGUAGACCUCACUGGCAUCACAACAUCACUGUAAAUAAACUGGAAGAUUUCACUUCAAUUAGUGUUCCCUCCCACCACAGAACUCGACACAGCUCACUCUGGGAGGGGACUAAUACCCGGGCUCUCGGCUGAACCUCUGAGAGUGGAUUUUAAAGAAAAGUUACAUUUUACUCGACAGUAACGGUAGUCUACAUACAGUCUACAUAUCUGUGUUUAUUGUUUGUGGGCUGGAAGCCAUAUUUCAUUAUUUACAGGGGGGUUUGCAGAAGUUUGGUCUUAAGGGCAGUUCAUCCCAAAGCCAAAAUUUUAGUGUUAACUUCCUGAUUCAAAACCCAAUAUUAACCUGUUAUUUUAAGUUUAUGAAUGAAUGGCACACUGUUGACGUAUCUUCACUGUGUCUCACAACCCUUACAGUGUCUAAACUUCCUUUCUAUUGAACUGUUAUUUUUCUCUCAGCUUGUACACGUACCAUCUCCAAAAGUCACCGAGCUCCACUUCGAGCCUUUUCCACAGUUGAUUGAUCAGAAAACAGUCAAAAAAUCAUACUUUUUAUUCAACAGCACUUCAUUGGCUCUUAACAGGCUCAGUGAACUCCACACACAGCUAUGGUAAACAGAUUAUUAAAGGAAUUCUUGUAUAAUUUUGGAUAAAUAACAACAACUGAGGCCAAUUUGUCCUCACAACUGAAAUCAUGGUUUCUGUCAUCAUGUUUCAUGUGCGCUGUUAGAAGACAAAUCCAAAGUGAAACCUGUUUUUUGUAUUUAUGUGGUUGUGUCGAUGCCCUUGCAAAUUAAAAAAAAAUAUAUAUAUAUAAACGGGAUAAAUUAAAGGAAUAUUCGACUUAAAA